AAGCAUUUGGCAACGCCAUUAAGUAAGUCACGUGGACAAAUAAAAUAUUUUGAACGUCGAACGACUUCCAUUCAAACGAUCAGAUAUCGUUGCCAGUUCUAGUUGCUACAAUAAACUAUCGGAUUCCCGUGAAAAUGGCUUGCAAAAAUUUAUUUGCAGCUAUUUUUGUGUUUGCCUGUUUUUUGACCUGUAAAGGCGAGGAUUGUGAGGCCUACGAUGAAUUUGGAUCGUGUACGGGACCAUGUUCAGAAGACAAAGUGCUGUACAGCAUGGGAUGUCACCAGGAUAGCAUGACGGAGCGGACAUGUCGGAACCCAGUUCCUCGGAACAUUGGUGUACGAUGUGACUACGCGAGGUGCGAGUGUCCUGAACCAAAGAUUUGGGAUGAAGCAGCACAUUCCUGUGUCAACAUUGAAGACUGCUCUGAUCAAUCUGGUGUCACUGCGAAGAUUGAAGAUUAGGAGUAAUAAAUAU